CAUCUGCAGCACCCAAACAUUGUUUGUUUGCUUGGCGUGGUCACCAAAGAGCAGCCAAUGAGCAUGAUUUUCACCUAUUCCAGCCUUGGUGACUUGCAUGAGUAUCUGGUAAUGCGCUCCCCUAACUCCGAUGUUGGCAGCUCAGAUGAUGACAAGACAAUCAAAUCCACUCUAGAGCAAGCUGAUUUUAUUCAUGUUAUCACCCAGAUUGCUUCUGGAAUGGAGUACCUUUCCAGCCAGCAGAUAGUCCAUAAAGACCUUGCUGCUCGAAACAUUCUUGUGUUUGAAAAACUCGGUAUCAAAAUCCUGGAUCUUGGGCUAUUCAGAGAUGUUUACUCUGCUGAUUACUACAGUCUCAUGGGAACAAGUCCUUUCCCUAUUCGUUGGAUGUCCCCAGAAGCUAUUAAGCAUGGCAAAUUCUCCACCGACUCUGACAUCUGGUCUUAUGGAGUGUUGCUGUGGGAGAUAUUCAGUUAUGGUCUUCAGCCAUAUUGUGGCUACUCUAACCAGGAUGUAAUUGACAUGGUGCGCAGCCACCAGUUACUGCCCUGUCCAGAUGACUGCCCGGCCUGGAUUUACAACCUUAUGCUGGAGUGUUGGAGUGAAGUCCCAGCCCGGAGAACUCGCUUCAAAGACAUCCAUGCACGUCUGCGCUCCUGGGAGAGCCUGUCCAACUAUAAUGGCUCUGCUCAGGUGUCUGGCACUAGCAAUAAUACUACCCAGACCAGCUCUCUUAGCACCAGCCCUGUUAGCAACCUUAGCAUAAAUACAACAAGUGCAUCAAGAUACACCAGCCCUAAAAAGAGCUCACCAUUCCAUCAGCCCCAAUUCAUGCCAAUAAAGGGUCAACUACAUCGGCCAAUGGUGCCCCCACAGCUCUACAUCCCUGUCAAUGGAUAUCACCCAAUUCCAGCUUACCCAUACCUGCAGAACUUUUACCCCAUGCAAAUACCGAUGGCAAUGCCACACCAGCAGAUCCACCACCCACAACAAAUGGUUACCAAAUCAGGUUCUCAGCAUAGUGGCAGUGGAUCCACAUCUACAGGAUAUGUGACCACUGUCCCUUCCAACACUUCUGCCACAGAGAGAACAGCAAUGAUAAAUGAGAACUCUAAGACCAACGAUGAAGAAUUGGCUGAUGGGGCAUCAGAGGAAGAACUGAACCAAAACCAGGACUUGGCAGUGCCAGAAACAGAAUUACUAGGUGAAAGUGAGGCUCCUCAGACUGAAGAAUUGGCGAUCCACUUGUCUGACACAUAACUGAAGGACAGUAGAUCUGAAAUAAUAUGCCAGCUGUGCUAUUUUUGCCCAAAAUUCUAUGAACACAUUGAAUGAAGGGAGCCAUUUUUCCACAACCGUGAAUAAAUGUCUUUGUAUAUAGUGUCCCAUGUUUGUACCUCUCAAACCCCUGUGAUGAAGUAAAAUGAAUUGUGCUAUUCCUCUUUUUUAAAUGUUGCCAUUUGGAAGAAGUGAUAUUCUUUCAGUUGCUGUGCAACAUAAAACUUGUUCUUAACUUUAGAAAAGUAUUUUAGAAUUUUUCUUACAAUGGUAGAUUGUUUACCUUCUCUAAUGCUCACGGUGUUACCAGAUUUUUAAUUUUCACGUGCCAGUGAGACAGUUUGUGUGGACUGUAAUAUGGAUGAUGAUCUUGCCAUCAGUGCCACCAUUAACUCUUGGAUGCCAUACCUUCAACUUACUCAUGGAAACUGAUUGUUAAACGAAGGCUGAGAUGAUUCCUAAAAGACUUUGUUCAUUGAAAUGAAAAAAUGGAUAUUUGAUAACUCAGAAGUGAAAAGGUUCUACUGUGCUGAACAAGUGUUUUGCAACUCUUGUACCCCCAGUUUUUAUGCUUGCUUUUUAUGUUAUUAUUGUAUUGUCUGUGAAUGCAGAACAACAGUUUAUGGUGUAUAGAACUGAUUCAGAAUUGAUUUUUCUUUCAUUAAAAUGGUUUCGUAUAACACACAUUUCCAUCCAUCAGAACAAUAAAGGUUUACACCCUUAUUUUGAUCAUUUUCAGGCCAGAGACAGUUUUUAUUCCUCACGACACGUGUUCCAUGAAUUUGGUACUGUUAACAUUAACUUUUAUACCCAGCUGAAUAGAUCUGUAAUUUAUUACUUUGGUUUGAUUUU